GUGUUAAGUCUUUUCUUUGCACUCCUCCCUCUAAACACAGCUUCGCGACAUUCGCCGGCCAAAAACACCCGAGAAUUCACUCAAAAAUCACCUCAGAUUCAAUAUGGCUGGAAAUCUAGACCCUCUGGUAGUUAGACUAGAAGCUGUGACUUCCAGGCUGGAAGCCAUGGCUUCUAAAUCUGGCUCCGGGGGGACGGAAGCCAACGAGGAAAUUGUAUCUUUUUAUGACAAGUUUCUCAGUGAGAAUGUCGCCAAAUGUCUAAAGAUUUCAUCUGAAAUAGGAGGCGAUGUAGGUUCUCAGGCCAAGCUGGUAGACCAGGCAUUCAAGGCCCAGAGGGACUUUCUGGUUUUGGUGUCUAAACACCAGUGCCCAAGUGCUAAUGUGCUUCAGACACUUCUCACUAAGACGUCACAGGCCAUUUUAGCUGUUCAGGAGUUCCGUGAGAAGAAUCGGCGUAGCAACUAUUUCAACCAUUUGAGCUCCUGGAGUGAGGGUAUUCCAGCUCUUGGUUGGGUAACAGUGGUCAAAGGAGCUAACUUUGUGAACGAGAUGAAUGGUUCGGCUGAGUUCUACCUCAACCGUGUUCUAAAGGACUUCAAAGAGAAGGAUGCAAAGCAUGUGGAGUGGGUCAAGUCAGUCAAGGCCAUCUUUGUUGCACUGAAAGAGUACAUCAAUGAGUUCCACAAGUCUGGGUUAACUUGGAACCAAAGUGGUCCGCCAGCACCGACUUCUGUACCCUCAGGUCCACGUGCCCCCCCUGGUGGCCCAGGCGCACCUCCACCACCCCCACCCCCUGCUGUUGUACCCCCCUCAGCUGUGACAACUGACAGCAAACCUGCAACUGCUGCCCUCUUCAGUGAAAUCAAUAUGGCUGGCACCAACAUUGCCUCAGGGUUGCGUAAGGUGACGGAUGACCAGAAGACCCACAAGAACCCUAACCUGAGAGCCUCAAGUGUGGUGAAGGACAAACCCAAGCCAACCAUUGCUAAGAAACCUGUUGCUGUCACCAAGAAACCUCCUGUUUUUGAGCUCCAGGGCAAGAAGUGGAUGGUGGAACAUCAAGAGGGAAACAAGAAUCUCACCAUUGAGGGCUCCAUGUCACAGGUGGUCUACAUCUACUCCUGCAAAGACAGUGUGGUCAUCAUCAAGGGAAAAAUCAACUCAAUUACCCUUGAUAACUGCAAGAAGUGUGCUGUUGUGUUCGAUGAUGCCAUUGCUACUGUAGAAUUCGUCAACUGCCAAAGUGUGCAAUGCCAGGUUAAUGGCAAGGUACCAACUGUCUCCAUCGACAAGACAGACGGCUGCCAAGUGUACCUGAGUAAAGACUCCCUUCAGUCUGAGAUCGUCACGGCCAAGUCUUCAGAGAUGAACAUACUGGUGCAACAGGCGGAUGGGGAUUAUGUGGAGAACCCGCUCCCUGAGCAGUACAAGUCAGUAUGGGAUGGCAAAGCCUUCGUCACGACCCCCGUAGCAUCACACGGAUAGACUUUCUUCACAGACCUUUACCAGAACACUUAGAAUCUAGCGAACGCGUAGUCCCUGAAUUAAUUCCCACAAACCUAGAAAAGGAAUAAUGUCCGAAGCGGAAUUGUGACCACCUUACUGUCUCUAGAUAAACUCAAGAGCGGAUCGUAAAUCAACUUUCGUAGUUCUUAGAAUAGCGUUACUUUUAUGUUUAUGUCAAGCUUGCUUUAUCUUGCACGGGUUUCAAGGGAGAGGUUUUUGGAAAAAAAAGAUUGUUAGCAAAAAACGGUAGAAGGACUCUUGCCUCUUCCUGAUUGGCGCGAGCGCAAUUUUUAGGGCUGUUGGUGAAAAGUAGAAAUAACAGUAGUCUAGCAUCAAUUAUCUACCCAGUUUUUAUGCCUCCGCUAGAAGGAAAGCGCGAAGUGUGUUGUGGGAAGAGAGGAAGCGAAUGGGUAGAAAUGGCAGAUUAAUCUUGGUUAAUCAAAUUGGAUCACUUUCCGCGUCAGUUAAAUUCCUUAUCCGUUAAAUAGUAUUUGCCAUGGAAGCUAUUUUCGUACUGGGAUAAAAAGUAUCCUGUAUUUUUAAAUGCAAAGACGUUUUUUGCACAGAGAUGAUAGAAGUUGAUAAAUAAAGCUAAUUGUGCAUGA